CCGUGAAACUGUGUCGACUGAUGAUAAAGUCCCCGACAAGUUUUAGGGAGCGCCCAAUCGCAACGCACAGGGUUUGGGAACACGUGGUUCUGGAGUUUCCCAUUUGUCAAACCGAGCUCUCACCCCAUGCUCCAUUCUUGAGAGGGCUUGACUCAACACAUAUACAGAGAGACAGCCAUUUUCCGGCGAUUAUCGGCGAAGAAAGUCAUAUUCCGGCGAAAUAUGAGUGACCAGGGUUCAGAUGACCUUCCGCCUGGUUGGACCGUGGAGGUGAAAGUGAGAAAGAACGGUAAAAGAGAUAAGGUAAAAGGAAAAGAAAAGAAAAAUUAAAGGGUAAUUUUGGGUCACAAGUUUACUUCUUGCCUGUCGCAUUUCAAGCUUGAAGAUAAGAUCUUCUAUACAAGUUUACUGUCGGGACUAUUUAUUUUAGCUUUUGUUUUCUCUUAUUACUUUCUAUUUCUGGUUUAUAGACAGAUUUGGUAGAGAGCAUUGUUGUGCUUCAAGAAAUUGGAGUUUCUUUGUGAAUGUUAAAUUGCUAACAUUCUUCGUUUUCAUCUAGCGUUUGCUUCAAGUUAUUUGUUGCGUAGAGCGUGGUAGACGUAUUUGAUUCCAUACGUGUUACAUGGAAAACUUGCUUUCUGAGUUAUUUGGAAAUUCCUGAAGGCCAAAUUAUGGAAAUUUUUUCCGUUUAUGCUGUGAAUUGUGAUGGUGAAUGCAUACCAAAAAUAGGGAAAAUACUUUUGCCAUAAAGAGACUACGUAAAAGUAAAUCCACAAACUGACGUGGCCUGAUGCGUUACAUCAUAUUAUAAAAUUAUUUUUAUUAUAAAGUAGAUCUAACAGAUUCCAUGAAGCCACAUCAUUUUGUGAGUUUACUUUGUAUAAUCUCUUUGUGUCUAUAUCAGUUCUAAAAAAUAGAUUGUAGAACGAUGUGCAUGAAUAUUCUUAUGCUGUAUGGGACCUUAGAGAGACUGCUGUUAGGAAGCAUAGGGAGUCCAAAAGCAGAACAAAAUUUGUGCUUGGGUGGUUUUGUAAAAACGGUUCUCUCAAGAGGAAGAUUUUGAAAGAGUUACAAAUUCGUUUCUAAUGUGUUUUUGUAUCUUCUGCUGACUAUUUCUGUUUGGAAAUGGGAGGCCUAGCAUGUGACUGAGUGCCAUUUCUGGUUCUGAAGUAACAUUGUUUGACUACUUUUGUAUAGUUAGUUUAAUUUGGUAGUUUUGAGGAAUUCUAUGAUUAUCUAGCCAAUUAAUGUUGAGAAAUUUUCAGGGAUUGUGUAUUCCUCAUCAGGGUCUGUUUAUGAAAAUUAUCACUAUUCUGCACGAUUGUCCCGCCCGCUGGCUGCAGGAAAUAUACAUAUUUUAUGUCCUUCAUACAUUGUUGUUGGAUAUAGGGCCAUGUAAAGAUUUUGUCAAGAUUAGAUAAUUUUUUUGUUUGGGUUGUCAAGUUAAUAAAGCUACAUCACUUAUUACCUUUUUCAGUGUCUCCUUCUUGACAUUUGAUUAUUGAUUGAAAUGAAGACACCAACCCAGAUAAAAUAUUUUUAGGUUAUAGGAGGUCUGGUUUAUCAACUAGUGUGGCGAUCUAAUUCAGGUUUACUGACCAUUUAUGCUUAGUGCAGUAUUACUUUUCUCCCUCAAUGGGACAAAAAUUCUAUUCCGGGGUAGAGGCAUCUCGUUAUCUGAACAGUCAGGAAGCCAGCAGUCCUCAGCCAGAAUAAAAGAUAAAAGACACCCUUAAGCAAUCUGCAAAAAAUGUUGUAGUUGAGAAAGCUAUGGCAGAAGGAUUACCUCCAGGAUGGAUCAAAGAAGUCAGAGUAACAAAAAAGGGUCAUAAGAUCAGAAAAGACCCGGUACUCAACCUCUACUUCCUUUUUCUGCUCUACACUGAUCCUGUUAGUGGAUAUGUUUUCCGCUCCAUGAAGGAUGUAUCUCGCUAUCUUGAAACUGGGGAAUUAGGAAGGCUUGCAUACAAGCCGAAGGACAAAGUCAGCAUUGGUAUGGAAUUGGAAUGUGAUAGCACCUCUUCACAUGAUGUUGCAAAGAACCAGAAAUUAGCACUAAGGAUCCCUGGGGAACAGAUCAUUUGUGAUCAGAGCCCGAAGCUCAAUGACAUGGCAAAGGAUGAACAGAUACCUAAAUCUGUCUGUACUGAAAAAUGUCUGCCUCUCUCUGAACACACUUCUGAUCAGUCAGGAAGGCUGGACAUUCAUUUGAGCAGCUCAAACCUGCUGGAAGCCAAGGUUUCGGAGCAGAUAAAAGGGAAGAGUGAUUCUGCUGAAAGUUUGCUUGUUUCUGGUCCUGCAGUUGGAUUUCUUCCGGAUAAUCAAUCAUUGAAAAAUGAGGGGACAAUGCAUGAAGUUGGAAAGGCCCAACUUGGUAUGCGCAAACCUAAAAAUAAAAAGGAAUAUAACUUGCCUCGUCGAGCUUCAAAACGACUGGCUGGACUUGAUAUUGAUCCAACCCCAGAACUAAAAACUAGUCGAGCCCGGCGAAUUGUUGUUAAGCAGUCAGGUGAGGCAGGGGCUAGUACACCUCCAUGUUGUUCCCCUGGUAGUUUGGCUCCUUGGGAAUCCCAGCAGCCUACUCAGCUUGAGGGUGGGCUGGAAGCAAAGAGUAAUUUUGACAGCUCUAAAAGCACAAAAGUGUUGGAGUCCACCAAUAGAACACAUAGUUAUGCAGACUUGACCACUCCAGUAGAGCAUACUGGAAAGACACAAAGAGAGCUUAAGGAUGAGCAAAAGCAACAAUCCUCUACUGCUUUGCCUGUGGGGAAUGCAGCUAUUUUGGAAGAACAUGCUGGAAAGGUCGAAAAAGGGAAAGAAAACAAUGAGAAACCAGAUAUUCCUAUCGAACUGCCUUCCAUGGAUCUAUGGUCUGAUCCAUGCAUCCAAUUUGCUAUAAAGACUCUCACUGGAGUAGGUGUUGACAGUCCCAAAAGCACAGAACUGUCAGAGAUAUCAACCGAUAGUCAGCAUGCUACUGGGGACUUGGCUGCUUUAGCUUUUCCAGAGCAAACUAAGGUAGAAACAAAAAUUAAGGGUGACGUGAAGCAAGGAUGCCCAGUUGUUUUGCCUUUCCAGAACCUAGCUACUCCAAAGCAGCAUGCUUGGAAGGUUGAAAAUAAGUACAGCGACUAUGAGAAGCCUGGAUCACCUCUCAAUAUGACCUUUUGUGAUUCAUGGAUGGACCCAUGCAUAGACUUCGCCAUAAAAACUCUGACUGGUGCAAUUCCAGUGGAUUGUGUUCUUGAUAUUCAUAACUCCUUUCAGUCACAACAAAGCUCAUCGCAAACCCAAACAAGUAGUGGCUUGACCUCAUCGAAUGUUGCUUUCAAUAACUCUUGUCAAACUGAUUUUUUUUGUCAGCAGUUUGAUACUGCGGAGGAACCUGAUUAUAGACAUCAAGCUCUGGUAGAUCCUGUAUUACUGCAAACAGGGCAUGCUGGCUUACAGAAUUCAGGUACCACUGUUCUCCACCAACAAAGUGAAGGGAGAGGAUCAGGAGACAAUAGAUGCCAAUAAUAGGCAAAUCCAUGUGUACUGACUUCAUUUGUACAGCUUUAGAGACCUCGUAGAAAGAUGCUUCCAUGCCUAUAACCUUUUGGUUUCUUGUGCUAAUUCCCCACUGCAGCAUGAUUCCUAUCCAAGUUGAUUCCUUGUUCUUUUUAAGAAGCAGCUAGGCUGUAGUUGUAGUUAUGCAUACUUCUGUCUGGAGCUGUAUUGUUAAUCAGGGAGCAUGCAUGGGGCACUUGUCUUUUAUCAAUUUACACCGUGUAAUGCCACUGGGCUUGUGUUGCCUCUAGUUGCUGUUCUUUGCUUAAGCUGUAACUUCAGUUGCCCAUCCCACUGUGUUUGUUUUCCAAGCAUUCUAGUUCGACAACUGAUCCGAUUAGCAGGAGUCUAGGAGGAAAGUUGAUGACCAAAACACUGGAUCACUGUAUUCAUCUUGUGAUAUUAGACUUAAACCACUGAUAUUUUGUUAAAUCGCUUCUGAUAAGUUGCCAUUAGUUUCA